AUGUCCUCUCGUGCAGCCAUGUCGCGUGCCUUUGUAAACACACUCCGCACUCCUUUGCGACCAACACAUGCACUCUCGUCUUCGUCGCCACGAUGUUCGCUGCCCGUCGCCCAGGUCAGGUUGAGUUCACACUCCCCGCUCGGCGCGUCCUUGUCCACUGCGCGCAAACCCGUCACCAUCAACACCCUCCAAGCUCUCUACCGCAAGAACGAACCCAUCACCAUGAUCACAGCGCACGACUUUCCCAGUGCGCAUGUUGCCGACCACGCGGGUAUGGAUAUGAUAUUAGUUGGGGACAGUCUGGCCAUGGUUGCGCUGGGCAUGGAGGACACGAGUGAAGUGCUGAUGGAGGACAUGCUGCUGCAUUGCAAGUCUGUUGCGCGAGCCACCAAGGGUGCUUUCACUGUUGGUGAUCUACCCAUGGGAAGCUACGAGAUCUCCCCAGAGCAGGCACUAGCAUCCGCCAUCCGCAUGAUCAAGACAGGCCGCGUCAAGUCAGUCAAGCUCGAAGGCGGGAAGGAAAUGGCACCAACCAUUGCCAAAAUCACUGCCGCUGGCAUACCUGUACUCGCACACAUUGGCCUCACCCCGCAGCGACAAAAUUCUCUAGGUGGCUUCCGCGUCCAAGGGAAGAGCACUGCAUCCGCAGCCAAACUACUCGACGACGCUCUCGCAGUACAAGAAGCCGGCGCAUUCGCCCUAGUCCUGGAAGCUGUGCCGGCCGAGGUCGCUACACUCGUCACCAAAGAACUAAGCAUCCCGACCAUUGGCAUUGGCGCUGGCAAUGGCUGCUCGGGCCAAGUCCUGGUCCAGGUCGACAUGUUGGGCAAUUUCCCACCCGGUCGCUUCCUCCCCAAAUUCGUCAAGCAGUACGGCAACAUCUGGACCGAAGCAAAGGGCGCCAUUGAGCAGUACAGGACCGAAGUAAAGAGUCGAGCAUAUCCCGCGCCAGAACAUACAUAUCCCAUGUCGCCCGAUGUAGUCACUGAGUUUGAGAAGCUGAUUGAAGCGAAGCGAAAGGCUUAG